AUGGCGCAGGCCAGGGUCCUGCUGACCAAGGAGCCGGCGCCGCAGGCGGUGCCCGCCUCCGACCUGCCCGUGAAGGUGUGCGAGGUGGAGCUGAACACGGGGCCCGACUCCUCCAGCGGCCUGGCCACGGCUGGCUUCCGUACCGCCAAGUACCUGCCCUCUGAGUGGCACCAGAGCAACUCUGAUCUGUACCACAAGGCCUUCGCCGGCUGCGAGCAGGCCGAGCGCGGCCGGGCCGAGGCCAAGGAGCUGGCCGAACAUGCCGCUGCCGCUGCCCAGCGCGCCCAGCAGGACUCCGUGGCCACCUUGGGUCAGCGCCUGCAGGACAUACACUUCUGGAAGGCCGAGCUCCAGAAGGAGAUCGAGGACCUCGAUGCCGAGACGGGCCUGCUGGCAGCCCAGAAACUGCGGCUGGAAAGGGCGCUCGAUGCCACCGAGGUGCCCUAUGCCAUUGCCACUGAUAACCUGCAGUGUCGGGAGAGGAGGCAACCCCCGGACCUGGUCACUGAUGAGGUGGAGAGAGAGUUGCUGAAGGAAGCUGAACUUAUCAGAAAUAUCCAGGAGCUUUUGAAAAGAACUUUGAUGCAAGCUGGUAAUCAGAUGAGAUUAAAUCGAGAUCACAAAGAGGUUUGUGAAAUGGACUGGUCAGACAAAGUUGAAACGUACAACAUUGAUGAUAAAUGUGGAAGAUACAGUAACCAGAGCACCAACAUCCAGUUCCAUCCUAGUUCAGUGAAGUUUGAAGAGAGUGCCUCGACACCGGAGACAUGGGCCAAGUUCAGUCAUGACAACAUCUAUAGGGCAGAACGAGAAAAACUGGCUUCCAUCAAUCUUCGUGCCUUGAUUGACAAUAUUCUACAUGAUGUAUCUCAGGUGAGGAUGCAAUGUGCUGCUGUUAAUGAGGCUUUUGCCAAACACUGUGAGGAGCUGGAUGAUGCAAAACACAAACUAGAGCAUCAUUUGAAAAAAAUCCUUAAGGAGAUUGGAGAUCAAGAAGCUAACAUUGCUGCUCUCAAACAAGCUAUCAAAGACAAAGAAGCGCCAAUGAAAGUUGCUCAAACAAGGCUGUAUGACAGGUCUUUUAGGCCCAACAUAGAGCUCUGCAGAGAUGAAGCACAGUUCAGGUUGAUCAGUGAAGUUGAAGAACUAACGGAGUCCAUUGAAUCCCUGAAGAAAAAACUGCUGGAAUCUGAACAGUCCCUGAGGAACCUGGAAGACACACGGAUGAAUUUAGAAAAAGAAAUAGCUGUGAAAACAAACAGUAUUUUUAUUGAUAGGCAAAAGUGCAUGGCCCACCGCACACACUACCCUGUUGUUCUUAAAUUAGCAGGUUACCAGUAGUAAUCUCUGUACUAACUAUGCAAAGUCUGGAAGAAAAAUGUAGUCUAGAAUCUUUCAUAUAAAAUAUAUGGAUAGUAUUAUACACAGAAGUACUGUAUUCACUGUAUUUUCUUCUAUUUGGAUUAAAAUGCAUUAGUAUAGUAUCACGGUGGGCUUUGAGUCUUGCCUUUAAAAGUUCUAUAAAA